GAUUAAUCAGGAGCAGACAUGAGAAAGCAGUAGCAGCAUGUAGAUGACACACACUGGGAGACAAGAAGUAAACUUGUGUGUAAAAAAACAAAUCCACAAACUCUAUCGGUCCAAGUGUGUGUUCUUAGUUGUGAGUAGCACAAACAAUGGGCGUGGAUUAUCCAUCGAAAGAGAGCCCAGAGACCUUGGCUUUUUUUUUUUUUUUUGAACCAGCAUCUGAGCAGUGAGCUCAGUCGGUGAUCGGCAGAGGAGAAACCAGCAGCAUGGAGUGCGCAGGGUGUGCAACAACCUUUGUGUGAAUCCUUCCACAAACACGCAAAAAAAACUAACUAAGGCGCACAGGAAGGAGGGGAGCCGGGGAGUCAGAGGGUGUUUAAGAGUGAGAGAGAGGGAGGAGAGAAGGGGAGCCAAGUCUGGACCAGGUGAUCGAGUGCUAACAAACCUCCAAGGGGGCUGCCGGGUUCGAACACAGGAUAAAGCGACCAUGGUGCCAGCGCGCUGCCCGGGACUGGUCCUCAUCUUCCUCCUCCUCCUCCUGGGGUGCGCCGUGGUUGUGUGCCUCGGCCAGAACGACACGGAGCCCAUCGUGCUGGAGGGGAAGUGUCUCGUCGUGUGUGACUCGAACCCUUCAUCGGACGGGGGGGUCACGUCCUCCCUCGGCAUCUCGGUGCGCUCCGCCGGGGCAAAGGUGGCUUUUUCGGCCGUACGUGGAACCAACCACGAGCCGUCGGAGAUGAGCAACACCUCCAUGACCAUCUACUUCGACCAGGUUUUAGUGAACAUAGGCAACCAUUUCGACCUGAAGGCGAGUGUUUUCCAGGCUCCAAGGAGGGGAAUUUAUAGCUUCAGCUUCCACGUAGUGAAGGUCUACAACAGACAAACCAUUCAGGUAAACCUGAUGCAGAAUGAUUAUCCAGUGAUAUCAGCCUUUGCUGGGGACCAGGACGUCACGAGGGAGGCGGCCAGUAACGGAGUACUGCUGAUGGUGGAGCGGGAGGACCGUGUUUACCUAAAGCUGGAGCGAGGCACCCUCAUGGGCGGAUGGAAAUACUCCACCUUCUCAGGCUUUCUGGUCUUUCCUCUAUAAUUCAACCCAGGAUGCAGAGACUCUGCUUGGAUCAACAACAACAUGCAAUUUGUUUUCAUCUCUAAGAACAGCCAAGGAAGCCGAUGAAUAUCCUGAUUUCCCUUCUUCUCUCCCUCCUCUUUCUCACAUUCGUCUACUAUUUAGUCUAAUAUGAACCUUGGAGAUUUAAAUAUAUUCAUCAACUUUUUGGCAGAUGGAACGUCGUGGUGGUGUGUUUGGGAUUUUUUUUUUCUGGCUUGGGAAACUUUGCCAAAAAGGGACACACAAAAAGGAGGAGAGGACAUAAAGUGGAAGGUGAUGUGUUUUGCUCUAUUUUAAGUUUUGUAUAGCCUUAAAGAUAACAUGGUUUCCGUCCAAGUGAAGUUUAUGGAAUUAUCGGACAACCGCAGAGAAAGAAGUGCUUUUUUUUGCACGAAUGGAAUUUUCUUUUGUUGAUGUUUUUGUGCUGUCAAUGGUUUUAAGUUUGGAUGCUGAAAAAAAGCCAACAUUCAGGCCAGAAAAAGAAGAGUUAUUUAUAACAAGAAGAAGACGCCACAGGAGAGCCCUUUAUUGACAAAAAAAGAAAAAAACUAUAAUUUAUUAAGUACAUAUUCACAUUAGUGUGUGUUCUACAUUGCGGAAUCAGCAUAUAGCUUUUGAUUGAUUUUAAUGUUCAGUGACGUUGCUCACUAAAUGUACAAUGUGGAAACAAUAGAAGAAUCCCAAUAUAUGUCCCGCUUAAUAAAAUAUAUUGUAUUGUAUAGACAAAGAGCAUACUUCUUUAUUGAAAUGAGCCUAAAGUGUGGCAAGGUCAUGCAAUGGCAAAUGAGGCAUGUGGUCGCUGUCCAUGGUGCUGAAACGACUUCGUUUUAAUAGAAAACAGUGAUGAAACAGUGAACGUAGGCUUUUGUGGCCCCAAACAAGAUUUCAUUGUUGGCCCCAUUUCGGUCUUCGAUGACUGACUGCAGCCGAGUGAGUAUUGUAAUAUAGUCGUCCCUCGCGUUUUGAAGUUUGCGGCUUGUAAAGAUGACUAUGUGAAGUGAAGUGAAUUAAUGUUAUGUAAUACCACCCACUAUGUGGGUGGUAUUACAUGUCUGGAUGGCUCUCCUGAUGUUAAAACACAUAUUAAGAAAGCCACAAACCGUUUUUUAUGCUCUAGUUAUAAAAAUAUUACAUUUUGAAUUUUUACUUCGCGGAAAUUCAUUUACUACGACGAGGCCCUGAGCCAAUCAACAGCGAGAAACGAGAGUUUACUCUAUUACUUUUGGUGACCCAAAGUAGAUUUGGCUAUGGUAGUAUGUGCAUACAAGACACAACCAAGAAAAAUGCAAUUCAAGUAUGUUGAUAAUUAUAUAUUAGGAAAUAAUGUGUUGUUAAUACUUAAAAAAAUAUGUAAAAAAAAUAUAAUAAUGAUAAUCAUGUAUAAACAAUAAACAAAACAACUACAUUGAUUAAAUCCAAUAUGUUUAAUAGUCAUGUGUUAAUAUUCCAGAUAAUGACCAAAGUUUAUAUGAAACUUGAAGAAGAAAGUAACAAAAAUAGGUAGAUAGGUCUGGGGGUGGGGUGGGGGAAGUAUCCGAUAUCACCUUUCACAGUGAAGCCUUCAGCAUUGAUAAGAAAAGUAAAAUAAACCCAAUAAAUAGGCAAAAACUAUGACGAAUCAAAUGUUGUCUAGACUUUGUAUCAUUGGAGAAAAUGUUCAGCUACAAUAUAAACUUAAAUAGAACGGUCGUCUUAGAAAUAUGGCGGUAAAUCUGUCACAAUGACGGAGUUCGAAAUAAUGUAGUAAUUAGCAAUUAUCUGUAUGGGCUUUUGAAUGAAAGCGGCCGGGAUGCUCCUUUUCCAAAGAACAUGCUGACUCAGCUGUGGUAAAAGUUUAGCAGAAACAAAAUAGAAGCACCUGCACAACACGACAACCAUGUUGAUCAGAUACUGAAAUGAUAAGUCGCCAUAAUCAUGUGGCUCUCCCUAGUCGUUGUAGCCCUAAACAGUUGCAUUGAGUGUUUAUGCCAGGGGUUGGCCCUGUUUUAUAAGAUUAUAAAUUGGUAUGGCAGCUAUAGUGUCGCUCUAAAAAUAGAAAUAGCUAAAAUAGAAACUUUUAGUUUCAUACAAUGAUAAAUAUUCAGACACGUGGAUAAAUGGGUCAUAAUAUAAUCAAAAACACACGUGUGUGUAUUUCCUGGCAAUAUUCAAGAACAGUUUGCCAAGAUCAUCUAAAAAAAAAAAAGUUAACAUAUUAUAAGGUGUUUGGGUUCUUGUUUUGGGGGGGACUCUAGGUGAAAUUCCCUGCUAGGAUGAGAUGUGUUUCAGACUUUAAGGCAGUCAAUGCAGAGGGAGGGAACACAAAUAGAGUUAUGUUGUUGGUCUCCUAAUCGCUUCUUAACAUGAGCCCUUUGGGUUGAAAAGGACACUUUUAUUCUUAUUUACUGCUGAUUGUAUUAGUCAUAGACCUUUUUAGUGUCGUAAUUACACGUAAAUCAAGGGUUUAGUCAGGGAAUAAACACUUGAGACUCACCUCAUUCCAGACUGAAUGUGGUAUAUUAUGAUAUUUUUGUAAUAUAUUUUUUGUUGUUGUAAAACAAUGCCUGGCAUGAUUACACCUGGGGGUGGCAGUGUCAUGCUUUUAAGUUGGUACCGAGGCUUUAAGACACAAAAGACACAGAAAAACUAAAUACUUUUUUAGUGGAAAACAAGAACCCAAACCUGAACCCAACUUUGGUGACCUGAGGGCAGCCUUUGUACAAUCUGACACAUUAAGAGCCCUUUUGUGGAGAAGAGAUGGCACAUAUUGCCAACUCUCCAUCAUAUUUUCCCCCCAAUUAACAGAUUUCUACACGUUGACUUUCUACAAUUGUACAGUGAGAAAUUGAAACUGAAGUAACAGUUAAUAAAGUAAAUAACUAAAAUAAGAAUAAAAAAAUUAAAUAAAUAUAAAAAAACGUGAAAAAUAAAGGACUGCAAGUAACAGGAGUGAGUUUUUAGCACAUACAUUUGAUUAAAUAUAUAUAUAUAUAUAUAUAUAUAUAUAUAUAUAUAUAUAAUUUUUAUACGUUUACAGGUAAUUGUAUUGUACAUUUUAUUUCCUGGGGAGGCAAAUGGUACAGAUCGGGUGGAAUGACCCAUAUAUGUCGUCCUUUGGCCGAGGAACAGCUUGGAAGCUUUCAAAAAGGAUAUAUUUGUCGCCAUUUUGUUUUCAUCAUCAGUUUUCUUUUUCCGUUGCCUUAUAAAAAUCAUACAAAACAGUGCAAGUGAGAACAAAAGACGUGCUGAUGCCAGACAUAUAAAGCCAGCAAAUCAGAGUUGACUAAACUGGCCUUUUAAAGUGUUAAUUUUUCCCAUAUUGAGAAUGAAACUGAAACUGAAUCAUACAGGAUAGAUCAUAAAUAUAUUUUGCAUCCAUAUGUGCAUUUUAAAAGUACAGAAAGGGUUGAAAAGCAUAAAGAUGUAUCUUCCCCAAUACUGUAAAAAUGACACCACAGUGCCGUUAUUAAGAUAUGUAAUAUGAGGCCAAAUUGUACUUAGCAGUGAAUGCAGAGUUAUCCACACAAUACGCAAGAUACACUCAUUAUUUAAAUAUAGGGUGACUUUUUACUGAAGCACAGAUGGCGUUUUAUUCUUUCCUGGCUGGGUAAAAAUAAGUAUAAAAUUGUAGACACUGUUAAAAAGCACUGAACUCAUAUGGCCUUUUUAUUCUUUUAUUGUAAAGGGUAUUAUUUGUCCGUCCAUAGUGUCAUGAAAAACCCCCUUUGAGGACUGGUGCUUUAAAAGACAUGUUCCAGUAAGAUCCAAAACAAAAAAACAAACCGUGCCUAAUUAAAAUGACGUAAAGGACUCAUCAGAUAAAUGUCAUCUUUGUUGCAGACGCUCAUGCAAGAUGUCAGUCAUUAGUGAGCUUGUUUUAGUGUAUAAACACCCACACAGGCUACAAGUGUGCAUUUCCCCCUUCAUGCGUACGAGUGGGUGCAACGCACGCUCAACUCCUGCAUGCUUAUUGCGCCUCGCAGACACGUCUAUUAGCACAUCUGAAAACAAAACAACACUGGGAGUGUUUGCGAAGCGAAGAGUUGUGUCGUCUGAACAUCAAGAUGGCUUUAAUUGGCAUUCACUGCAUUUCUUCUCAGCUGUCUUGAAACACUAAACAUUUAACAAAGUAUGCUGCCUCACCAGAGGAGGGACAGUUUGCAUGUAUAGUGUUGCCUGUUAGAAAAAAUGUUUCACAAAAAGAGGAGAAUUCCUCAGAUGACGCCAAUGUGUGUUGAUAUUUGCAAUGUUGGGCAAAACACCCACCUGUAACGGAGUUCUCACGGUGAUUGGUGGGGAACAAGGAAGUGUUGUGUGCAAGUUAGAGCUGUACCGAGUUGGAAUUGAGCACUGCUGUUCAGGGGCGGACUUACCAUGAAGCAAACAGGCAGUUGCCCGGGGCCCCAAAACAUGACAUAAAAAAAACACAGCAACUGUUAAACUGCUCUCUUUUUCAAGCUCUCUUUUUCCCACCAGUCCCACAAUUCUGGCCUUCACAAAAGUAGCGCUACGCUUCACAUUCGGUCCAACUGCACUAACAAAAUAAAAAUCCCCACAAACAUUGCUUAUACUUUCUGAAACGCUGAUCAAUGUUCUUGCUAAUUGCAGUCAAAAUAAUCUACUAAAGGUUUGCAUGGACUAGAACACAUGCAAACAAAUCUACUCAACUUGUGCGCAGACGAUUGCGUCUCUUUAGUGAGCAGUAUAAGGAGCUCAGUCCAUUUAGUGUGUCUGUCUUCACGAAUAUAUAGAAUAUAUGCUGAUCGUCAGAAUACCCACAAUACUGGGAGGAGAGGAUGCAAAUGUAAUUACUCAGAACACGCAGUGUGUGAUUUAUCAAGGCUAAAACUGUUCUACGGACGCUAGUUUGACAAUGGACAGAGAACCCUCGAUCCAUGUGCGUUUCAACAUCUUUGGAAUGUGAGAAAUAAAAAAUAUUACAUCUAUCGUCUAUUCAGCAAUAUUAUUUUAGAAUUUUUAUGGCCGCUGGAUGACUUACGAGGCUGAAUAAAACUAAUUCAACUGAUGCGUUUUCGUGUCUUUUGGCAUUUCUUUUUAAAAUGACAUUUGUUUUUUUAAUUUAGGAAAUGUAUUGUUAUAACAUAGCUCCUAUUGUAUAUGAAAACAUACCAUUCAAGAUUCAUUUUCGUGCGUUUGGAUCAUUUAGCUGUACCAAUGCACUCUUGUUGUGAUAGUCCACCUCCUUCCUGCAGGGCGCAUAUCAGCGAGCUAAAGACAGUUUCUGUUGUUUUGAUUGCGGUUCUAUAUCGUAGAAAAGGUGUAACAGAUAAUAUAUGUGUGCUGCAUCGUACAUAGGUUGGAGCCCAUAUUAAAAUGAAAGUGGAGGGAAACUAUUUUUCAAGGCCACAGCUAGUAGUACAGUAAAAAAAACAAUUUAAAUAAGGCGGUCUUCCACAGUUAUUGGUCUUAGUAGAUCACAGACAACAUGCUCUCUAAUAGUACACACAAUUUUACAGUUUGCACAUGCUUUUUAGCGCGUGGUAUUUGGAUCUUAGGAUAUCAGGCCCUCAGUUGUUAGUUUCUAACAACAUGGUAAAUAUUUUUUUUUUUCAUGUGGAGGUCCUCGGUUUGCCUUGGGCCCCUGAAUGACUACAUAUGCCCCAUGCUGCUGUUAAAAAA